CUCUCUCUCUUUCUUCCUUUAUAAACCCUUCACAUAUCUUCUCCUUAGCUCAUAAGUAAUCAAACUCCAAAAAAAAAGAGAGAUAAUAAUACAAAUCUCUCUUUCUCUUUCUAAAGAUCGAUAUGGAUCAGAACGUACCAAUAAGCAAGAAGCUAUGGAACAUCGUACGUUUUCUUUUGUACAUGAUCCGCAAAGGUGUCUCGAAACACAAACUCAUCGCCGACUUUAACGCCACUCUCAAACGGGGCAAGAACCUCAUGUUCCACCACCGUCGUCGUGUCCCCGCCGCUUCCACCUCCUCAGACGCUUUAAACGCUGCUUCAGCCACCGCGAUAUCUCGACAAGAAUACGAGUUCAGCUGCAGCAACACUCCGAACUAUUCUUUCCCUUUCCCCAAUAUGGCUUUCAUAAAGAAAAAGAGUCAUAAUAGUCUCUUCACGUGUGGUCAAACGCCUCAGACGCUCGACGACGACUCAGCCGCAGCUAGAGCCGUUCUUGAGCUUCUUAACGGCGUUGGUGACAAAGGAAACGUCACGCCGGGAGAUUUAACAGUGGCCUUGUCUCCUUACUUCCCCGGGUUUGGACGGACUCCGUUGGUGAGACCGUUGAGAGUAACGGACUCACCGUUCCCGUUAACGCCGGAAAAUGGUGACGUGGGUAACAGACACGUCGACAAAGCGGCUGAUGAUUUUAUAAAAAAGUUUUAUAAGAACUUGAGUCAGCAGAAAAAGAUGAUUGAGUUCAGCUAAAUAUUUAACUCUGAACAGUGUGUUUCUUCAUAUUUAUCUUGUUCCUUAAAUAUUUUUUUUACUCCUUUUUUUUUUGUCUUUGCUGAUUAAAUUCCAAAGACGUGUUUAACAAAAAAAAAAAAAACAGUUCCAAAGAUGUAAUAUUAUUUUUGGGGGGUUUAAUUUCGCGUUUCUUAAUACAAUUGGAUAUCAUGAAUAAAUAAAAAUUACCUUGGGUUUUAUUAGUAAGAUCUUUGGAAAAUAUGUAGU